UGUGCGGUCGUUCAUUCGACUGCGUUCGACUUCGACAUUCGACAAGUAAGAUGGCGGCUAUGUGAAAGGCGAAACGUUGUCGUAUUUCUACUUGUAAAUAAAGUAUUCGCUUCUCUGAAACAAUAUUGUAGUAAAAACUAAGGAAAGAAAAUUAGUUGCGAAGUGUACAUUGUUCAGUGAUCAGUUAUAUGUAAUGCAUAACAAAGUAUAAGUGCUUUUUAAUUUCACAAUAGACAAAACCCGUCGCAAGGGAUCCAAGAGUCGUCGAGGCCAUAUUUAUGAUGUUAUCUGUCGUGUGAGCGUCCUCUGAAACCACAUUGAUAAAUGGUUAUUCAAAACUAAUGCCAUGGGGUGUUAUUUGGACGGAGAGUAAUUAAGUUAUUCAGUAUGACUACAAGUGCUCCAAUUUAGUGGUAGUAAAUAUAUGAUUUGUGUGUAUUACAAACUAUGGAUGAAAGUGUGGACUACUAUUGAUAAAUUACAUACAUUGACACUACACCAAGUAACACGGAGGUGGUAAUGGAUCCAGUAGGACCAUGGUCAGCAUAUGCUUCGUACAAUCGACUGGCAGGGGUACAAGCUGGUGCUGCGAGUGGGGACUUCCAUCACCAUCUGGCCAGUGGUGGUACUGGAUUGGGCGGUCAGGCUGUGCCGUCGACCACCAGCCAGCUGCUCCUACAGGCGGCGCACACCACAGCAUCACUAGCAGGCCAACUUGGCUCAUCAACUGCUUCUCCGUUUAAUCCUGGUGGAUUUCUUUCCACCCCACCUGUGGGGUAUGAUGCAGUGUUCUCACCUCUGUUCCAUCAUGCGAAUCCAAAACCUGCACAUUACAGUUCGUCUCUUCAGGCACAACAUCGCCAAGUGAUAGCACAGGCUCAAGCUGCAGUUGCAUCAAAACAGUCCUCAGUGGAAACUGAAAUUUCUUCACUAAGAGAAAACUAUCCACACCAGGCACUAGCCACUCAAGGAACUUCAUUUUUCGAUCAAUCGUCAACCCCGGGUAGCACAGCUGGCUUAAAUUGGCAAGGAAACAACCAGCUCCCUAGUCCAUUUGGAAUUCUACCUCAUGAAAGUGUUGUGCCCUCAUCUCCGAGUCCAGCUACAACAAAAGCAUCAGCAACAUAUGAAAACUUUAAUGCUCACUUUGCUGCUGCACAAACUCUCAAUAACCACCUCAAUUCACAAAUUUCCAGUGCCAGUAAACAAAGCAAUAGGUCCGGAUCGCCGGCGACAGCGUCCAAACAGCCAACUUCUUCUACAUCAUCCUCAUCAUUUUUUCAACCUCCUUCAUCUUUCGGUAACCAGGCUGAUAAUUCAUACAGCACGAGUAGUGCAAAGAGUGGUCAACUUUCAUCACAGCAGGAUUAUGCUGGAAGUAAGUCAUAUUCAAGUUCUGCAAGCAACCCUGCUCACUCCCAACAAUCUUGCAUUGUGUCAACUCCAUCAGUGACUUCCUCCCCCACCCCUCCCAGCAAAGACUACCGCGCCUCUACCACCUCCACCAGACCUUCCGCUUCCAUCUACAACUCCCAGUCACCUAAAACUGCUAGCAUUGAAAAACCAACUCCCAGCAAUAGUAGUGGAUUCGUUUCUCCCACAUCUAAAGCACCACAAAUACAGACUAAGGCUCAAAGUAAAAUUUACCCAGAGUUAGGUAGUGAACCAAGAAAAAGUUGUGAUUCCAUUGAUAAGCCCCAACCACAGUCAUCCCCCAUAAGUUACUCUAUAAUGGAUGCCCCCGGUAGGUUGAACUAUAGUGGAAGUGGUGGCUCUUCCAAACCAAACAGAAUAGGCAACUCUCAAUAUGCAGGUUCACAGAGUUCAAGUUUUAGGCAUUACCAGAGUGGUAACAAUGUAGAGUCUGAAUAUCAUGUUCGUGCAAAAAGCAGCUCCAGUACAGAUACUGGCUAUUCUAGUAGUAGCUCUCAAAAUGGCCCAGAUUGUAGUGUUGCCGUAGCACGAAGACAAAGCCCUUUGCAAACUGCCCCCCAGACUUCUCCAAUAGGACACGGCUCUAGUCCUGCAUAUCCCAUGUAUCAUAGUCCUAUGAACUCCACCAACUCUCCACAGCAACAUGGAGAUCACUAUAGCAAAGUGAAUAAUGCUGCACCAAGGUCACCAUUAGACGCUUCUGUUUCUAGACCACCCUCACAGAACAGUCAAGUGGCCUACCCUUCUGUUAUUACCCGGGCCUUAGGCAUUGAACAAAGCAAGUCAUUUAAUGAAAAUAGGUAUGAACGUAAUCAAAGCCACCCCAACCAAAGUUGUUGGGAGACUGAGAGACAGUCAGCAAGAAAAUUUAGUAGUAAUGGUAAUAGUAACAGCUCCACUAAUUAUAAUAAUGGUAUAACUGAAAAUACUCACAGUGAGAAAACCACAUCUCAGACCUCAAAUGACAGAAAUUUGCCUGAUAAACAGCACUAUGUUGAUGGCACUAAUGUCGCUUUACAAGAUUUAUCUAGUUGUCGUGGGGACCCAAUGAGUAUUGUCAAGAACUUGCAGACCUUGCAACAGAGUUGCCAAUUACAGGAAGUCAAGCAAUCUAAAAACCCUACUCCCGCACCGCCCACACCGGCGCCGACCAAAACGGUAGCCCGGCGAAAAAGUACUGAGAAACCAUCUCACACAAACAUUAAUGAACUUUCCAAUGCUGCAGUGAUGGCAGAUUAUUUGGCCAGUAGAAUUCCACCCCCUGCUCACAGUUCCACUAGUAAUCAGCAACAAAAUGGAUACUUUGACUUUGAACGUUGGAAUCUUCCUCCUCCUCCCCCCAAAAUGUUUUCAGGCACAUCUGCCUUUGGCUCUCAAGCACCCCUACAUGCGACAAGUUUUGCCAAUCAACAUCAAGCUCUUGCGAUGCAGCACGGUCACGCCCUCACCUACUUCCCUCCAUUUCAUCUCGGCCCUCAUCCAGACUUCCAAUCUUCUGUGGAGUUAACACCGUUAUCUUCAUUCAGCGAUACUCCACCUUCGGCUUCCUCGUCAUCUUUUUCCACACCAGAAACUCGUGAAGAGGAACAGCCUAAGGUGGUAGUGCCCAAUAUAGAAGAAGAACUUGGUUUCCUUGCAGAACAACGAGCUAAUACUGCAUCGACGGUAGCACCCUCUUCUCAGCAGCCGAACAUUAACAGUACUUCGCAAGAUACAAAAGUAAUGGAUAAAAAGUUCAACGUCCCGGUCACGGGCCCCGGAUCGGGUUUCAUGGCCUCUUAUUUGAAGUUCUUACAAGGGGAGCGCGAUACUUCCCCGCCGCCGGCCGGCAGGGGUGCCAGAAAGUCGACCUGGUCGAGGACCAAUACGAACAGUACCCCCAACAACAAGGCGUACGGCAACGACCACAAGAGUCCUUGCGAGGCCGGCAGCGCCAACGGCGCGAUGGCGCCCGGAGGCAUGGCGCUGAGCAGCCCCGCCAUGGGCGCGGCGCCCGCCAUGGGCGCGCCGGGCCUGCUGGGCGCCGGGCCGCACGCGCCGGCGCACCUCCUGGCCGCGCAGGCGAAGGGCGCGGAGCUGGAGGACCCGCGCUACUACAACCUCAACAAAGACCGCAAGAGAAAGUACGACGGGUCGGAGGAGGCCGCGUACGACGCGGACGAGGAGGCGCGGCGGCUGCACAAGCCCGUGCUCAACGUGCCCAGCACGCCGCUGAGCGACAAAGCUUCUGCACACACAGCAGGCCUGGGCUACGGCGUAUACGGCUCGACAGAAAACGAAGCCAACUCCAACAGGAAGUUGCACCAUAUAAAAACACAUCAGCAUGUUUCGAGAACUGGCCAAAUUGACAGUAAUAUGUCAGUUGAAGAAAUGCCGUAUCAGUCGGGGGAGUUCGUAGCGAUAAAAACCGACUUAAACGAGAUGUGGCCGGCGAUAUGGAGAGUCGACGGCAAAGCGCUAUUGCAAAAGUACGAGCCUUUCGAGGAAAAUGGAAAAGUAUUAUAUAGAAAUAUAUCCACGUACGCUGCAUGGAACCCUGAGAAUAAAAAGCUGUACACGCAAGUUCCUGUAAAAGUGCGGUCACAAUCUCACUUAGAAACAAUAGUUGAAUUAGUAAGAAGUGAACUUCCACUGGACGACGUCAACUUUAUAGAAAAGAGGAUGUUAGAAACUCAAAUGUAUCAAGAAAAUUUCGAAGUUUAUAUUCAGACAUUAAUAUCACACGCACUGGACCCUAAUUUCUUGACGGAAAUAUUUCAAGAGCAAGACGAAUAUUUCCUGUCGAACGUGAAGACGGUGGACGAGGUGACGGAGACGAUGCGGUCGCGCGUGUCGGCGGGCGCGGGUGGCGGCGGCGGCGGCGCGCGCGCGCUGGAUGCGGCCGUGGCCACGUGGCCCGGCCUCAGCGUAGCGGCGGGCGCGGGCGCGUGCCGCGCGUGCGCGCGCCCGGCCGUGGCGCGCCUACUGCUGUACGGCCAGCCCUACAACCCCGCCACGCUCGAGCCCGUGCAGCCCGACGCGAGGCUGGCCUAUGAGAAGGAGUUUCUCGUGUGCACGGCGUGCUGCGGACGCGUGCAGCUGUACUCGCGCAUCUCGCACCAGAAGUACCUGAUGUACGCCGAGUGCAGCAAGCGCGUCGCCGAGAAGCGCAUGCAGAACCCCAGCAAGGACACCACCGUCAUCCUCAACGAGCUGCUAGCGGACGAGGUGUGGCUGUCGCAGCUGUUCCGCGACGUGCGGCACGGCUGGGCCGACGCGGAGUCGUGGGAGCGGCGCGUGCGGCACGCCAUGUCGCGCCAGAUGAUUUAACGUUCCCCACACCGGCACUAGCGCGCUGGCUGACGGACUAACUCACAUUUCUUUUUUACACUUGUGAAAUAUGUGCUGCAUGUAUGUAUUUUUUAAAAAUAUUUUUUAUAACUUUUAAAUUUAGAAAAGUUCACGUGGUCGCGCGCUUCGCAAAUGGCGCCGCUUGUGCCUACAAUUCAAAACAGUGGUACAGUUCGCACGAUUCAAUCAAAUCACCGUCCACUACGUCCGGCAAAUCUUUUUUUUAUUUAUUUAGUCCACAAAACUGACUGCAAUUAAAAAAAUAGCAAAAUAGUACAUGUGCAAAAAUAUUGGUUGUCUUGAUUCUACUGGAUGUGGUCUUCGCAUGCGCGAUUAAAAGCUCGGUCACAGGCUCCGUAAAAGCGUUGCGUAAGCGUAGACGUAGCGCGUACCAUUGCGUUGUAAUGUAUGGAACUGUAUGAAACAUGGCACACCGCUUGCGUAACGCGUAGAUGUAUGCGUAACCUGGUGUGUUGGGGGUUUACGCGCGUCAUUACGCACGUGUCACGACUACGUGCUUGGUGUGAAUCGGCCUUAAAUGCUACUAAAUAAACAUUUGAACUAUGUAAGGCAGUAGGGCCUAAUAUUAUGUUCGAUUUCCUUCAACAGGAAAUACAAUCAAAACUAGCUUCUCUGUGAAAACAACAUCAAAAUAGUUAGUAAAAUAAAGGCAGUAAAUUAUAUCUUUAAUAGUGGGAACAUUUCGCUAUCUCCCUCGCACGCCUGUACGUAAUGGCGGUGACGUCACGCCUAGUGUCAUAUUGUAUCCAUUUUGUUUUAUUUGACAAUCACCCGUGAGAAAAUAAAUUCGUAUUUUAUUACUAAGCAGCAUAAAAUUGUAUACAAAUUUAAAUAUUGAAUGUAAACCUUGAUGAAAAUAUUUAAUAAAUUGUACUACUACCCAUUUUUACAUGACUAUUUCAAGUGUCUACUUGCAAAGUGCACGAUUGGUAAAACAUGCAAACCGCGCGACUAUCUGAACCUAGCCUUAGCAUUUAAUAUUUUCUAUUCGAAAUGGACGUAAUAACUACUAUAGUUUAGAAUUAUAACGGAUGUACAUCACAUAUUAUAAGUUUUUUUUUUAAAUUCAAACGUCGAAUUUCUUGAAUCGAAUGGCUGUUACUUGGUAUCAGUUUUAUUUAACGAUGUCACGUCAAGGUAUGUACGUCUAUGGAGUGUAUGUUCGAUAGUUGCGUCAAACCAUAGGUGCGGGUGCCAUUUUCGCAUAAUGGGACGCAAAACCGUUUACCCUGUGUAGUAGUGCCGUCGGCUGUAUGUUUGUGAUUUUUUUCCUUUACUUUUAUUUUAGCGUAUUAUAAAAAGGGGUGUGGGACAGCGGAAUUGUUAAUAUAUUUACGAGUAUAUGCAUUCCGGAAACUGGGGUUUCUUAUCAAAUAAAGAAUGUCAUUAUUUACUUUAAAAAAUUGAUCUAGAUACAUUUUUAAAAUUAUACAAUAAUUAUUACGUAAAGCCCUUCUUGAAAUCAUACUUUAAUGCAUUUAAUGGGAAUAUGAAAUAAAUAUAUUAUGAACUCUGCUGUAAGUAGAAAUGGGGAAUAGUUAAAAAAUUGCGAAAGAUAUUAUGUCAACGAGUUCAAAGGUCGUGAGUCUCGUGGCUAUCGGUAAAGGCCUUUGUAAAAUACGUAUUUUGAAAAUGUUAAGUAACAGAUAUUGUUAAAAAAAUACCAUAAUUAAAUAUUUUUAUGUACAUAAAUUAGAUAAAUUGUCAUAAUGUGCAAUGCCGAGGUGGAACAAAAUCUUGGCUUUUUUUUUCAAUUUUUUGUUGAUUAAUAAAUCGCUUUUAUUUCUUUAAUUUUGUGAAUAAUAAAUAAACUGGCAGAGCGAAAAUCAAUAGUAUAUGAUAUAGGUAACCACAGAAAAUAGCAUGUAGCACUAAAGUAAUUUAGCUCUAGAUUUGGUACGUUCGAAUGCCACUAUCUAAAUAAAACAACACAGCUGUGCACUGGAUUUUUCAUUUAUUUCGUCCGACAUAAAUAUAACAUAGCUGAAAUAAAUACAUCCUUUGUGAAGUUUAGAUCCAUACAAUCCAAACACAUAACUACGUUGUGGUGUGUUGUGCUCGCAAUGCUACCUUUAUAGUGAAGUAGAGCAGAGUCUUUUUGAAAACAAACCUAGCUUUAUGUAAGUUGAUAUAUGGUUGAAAAAAACAGAAAAUAAUCAAAUGACACGCGGCGCAGCUUACUUUUAUUUCUUAUUACAUAAAACUUAGUUUGAGUUAUGAUCGAGCAAAAUGCCGCGCCUCGGCUCUACUCGUAUAUAGGUACGUUGUGCCUUAUACGUUUUAAGGGUUCCGUACCCAAAAGGUAAUUAAGGUUGACUUUCGAGUCAAGCAUCUGAUACACAGUAUCGACAUAACAGUGCGGCAGAUUUAUAAUUCAAGCAUUUAUUAAAAAAUGGGUACACUGUACAUUGUUUUCGCCGGCCCGCUGCGGCUGAAUUUGUAUAAAAUACGGGAGCUUUAUUUACCCCGUAUUUUAUUUUCCAAUUACUUGUUUCUGUGUAAUCAUUCUCUGAAAUACGGGGUAACCCGUAAAAUACGGGGCAUCUGGUAAUCCUACGCCUGACUGUCAGUGUCGCUGCGCUCAAAUGACGUUCCCUAUAUUUUCCCUACGUUGCAUUGUGCGUUAAUCUGCCGCUCUGUCGCGGCCACGCUGGCGCCACGGAUGUUCAACUCGAAAGUCCACCUUUAGAAAGAUGUGCACACAUUAGUCUUUCAUGGCGCUCGUAGCGCAUUAGUCGAUGGUCACGAAUUACUUUGCGAUUUGCGACACUUCACAACAGUAAUUUCAUAGGUUACAUUUUAUGGUGCAACAAAACAAAGUAAAUAAUUUAGCGCUAUUUGACUAAUAAUAAUUAAUUAUUAUUGACUAUUUUAAACGUGUCUUACGUUCAAUGAUCAUGCGUAUGAUAAAAUCGUCUGCCAACUUGUCUUUUAGAUUUUUAAUGUUUUGGUUAAGUAUUAAGUCAGAAAUUCAUCAUCACAAUUUAUGGUCAUAAUAGUAAUUUAUAUUUUUUUUUUAUAAAGGAUAAGUGGUAAUUUUUUUAUUUCAUUCAAAGUUGAAUUAUUUUCUAUCAUCAUUGACUAUCAUCACAAAUACAAUUGGAAUGUUUAUGUUUAACCAUUCUACUUCUUUAAGUUUAACGUAGCAGUAGAUACGCAUUUCCUUGUAAUUUUUAUUAUGUUUAAACGCGCAACCACAUUGCUCUUUUGGUGUAUCGUGUCGCGAUAGAAGGCGAUCGGAAUUCGGAAUCAUCCAUUUUAUUUGGCUUUGUGCGCGCUACUGUCGCUUUGGUGCACACCGCUCUAAGGAUAGAUUUAUAGAGCGCACUAUGCCUUGCUCAGACUUAAGAUUGAGUUAAAACGAGACAGAUUUAUGUGAGAGAUAUACAUCUGUCUCGUUUUAACUCUGUCUUAAGUCUAAGCAAAGUCAGAGUGCGCUCUAUAAAUUUCACCCUAACAUUCGAGGCACGCCUCGAUUGUAGCGCCAGAGUACGUUCUAACACGCCCAACGCACUGUUUACUGGAUCUGUAGCUUUAUUCAUUCUUCAAAAAAAUGAAUGUGAUUAUAUUGUUAUUUUAUCUUUACAGCCUACCGUAUUAUUGGUUCCCAAGUGCUGCCUCAAAACAAAACCUAGUGAUAUAUAAAUUUAAAGACAAAAACAUAAGAAACAAAGGCAAAACAUUUAGUACAGAGAAAGCUUGCAUCUUGGAGCAUAUGGAAAUUUUAUCCCGGAAAAUCAAAGAGUUCCGACAGGAUUUAAAAAUCCACGCGGACAGUAGUGCAUCACCUAGAUUCUAGAAUAACUAAGUACUUAUCGUAUAAAUAUAAUUUCAUUGAGGCAUCUUGUCGAAGCUAAACAUCUCUUGUGCUGUAUUUUUAGUAAAAUUUCACGGAAAAUGAUAAUAACACUACUUUAAGACCUUUCAAUGCAUAUUAAAGAUUUGUACACUUAAAACCAAAGUAGCACUUAUGGCAUCAAAGUUUCUGUCAGCUACCCUUUUGACGCACCCCCAUACCGUCCGUUACCACAUAGGUAGAUACAUAUUAUUUUAAUUUUAGAAAAUCCCGUAGCUUUGAUUACCUAUCGUUUGUUGCAUAGUAACUAGCUCUUAGAUGAAUUUAUCUUUGAAUACUUAAACUCCUAAAGAGACUAUAAUACUUAAGAGCAUCUUAAAACUGACUGAUUUUUGUCCCAGCCAAGAGGAUAUGAUUUAGAAAGAAUAUUUAUAUGUUUAUAUGUUAUAUAAAAAUUAUAUGUGAGAAGUUUGUCACUCACUAGGUUUUGAUUUGCGGCAGACGGUAUAUUUUGGAAUGAUCUUGUCAAUCACAUUGUAUCUAAGGGCUAUAGCAGCCACAAUACUAAAUAAUACUAAUAAAUGAUCGCUGUAUUGAAAUCGCACGUUUUAGCGAUUGUUUCGAUAUUGCAUCGCGUUUUAGUGACGUUCUGCGUUCGAUCGCUGCAUUGAAAUAAUUUAUAAAAUCGACUAUCUGCGAAUGGAGACUGUUUGUUUGCAUAAUAGAGCGUUUAAUCGCGACAUCAAAUUUCCGAAAAGCAACUAGGUAUAUCGCCGAUCGCUGAUGCUGAAGCAUCGUGUUUGCUAUGGCCCUAAUAUAGCCCAAGGAGUACCUAUAGCAAAUAAUUAUACUACUCAUUAAAUUAGAGUACUUACGCUAAACAUCACAUUCCUAAAGCGGCCUUUCGAAUGUUAUCAAAAGUAAUACUGAUUGAAAAGAGUGAUCUUUAGUUUUUAAGUUUCGAUUUACCCCCUUAUUGUAAAUGAACAAAAAUGGUAUAUAUUUCUACUUUACAGAUUAAGUACACUAUUAGAAAAUAUUUUGUAUAAUUAAUUGUAUUGGGUUGUAUAGGUUUAUAAUGAUAUUCAUAAGCCGAUUAAAAUACGUAUUUCAUACGCAAUAAGUAUCUAUUGUAAAAUACAAGGUUCUGUCAGGUAAAGUAAAGAUGAACUCUAUUUAUUUUGUUCUAGUAAGGCAGGACUAAGUAAUCAGAUUUGUUUCACAUUUUUUCAUUAUUCGAAAUCAUAAUAAAUGGCAAUUUUAUCAA